AUGUCGGGAAAGUUAGAAGCGCUCAAGCCCCAGCGUAAAAUUGAGCUGUACUCGGGGAACUACUUUGCAGCAUGUACUUUGGGCGGAAUCAUAGCUUGCGGACCCACGCACACAAUGGUGACUCCUCUCGAUCUUGUCAAGUGUCGCCGACAAGUAGACGAUAAACUCUACAAAUCGAAUACGCAAGCCUGGAAGAUGAUAUACCGUAGCGAAGGUCUCCGCGGUGUUUUCUUCGGUUGGUCACCUACUUUCGUCGGGUACGCUUUCCAAGGUGCAGGCAAAUACGGCUGUUACGAGAUCUUCAAGUACUUGUACGGGGAUAGACUGGCGCCCAACGCAAACAAAACUCUAGUCUACCUCGCUGCUUCGGCUUCGGCUGAGUUCAUAGCUGAUAUUGCGCUGUGCCCCCUUGAGGCUAUCAAGGUCCGCAUGCAGACAACUAUGCCUCCUUUUGCCCACUCACUUCGGGAAGGCAUGAGCAAGGUGAUUGCGGAAGAGGGCGUUGCCGGUCUGUACAAGGGCCUCUUUCCACUAUGGGGCAGACAAAUACCCUAUACAAUGGUCAAGUUUGCGACCUUCGAGAAAGCAGUUGAACAAAUUUAUAAGACGCUGGGAAAGCCGAAAGAAUCUUACGGGACUCUCCAACAAACGGGGGUAUCUUUCUUGGGUGGUUACAUUGCAGGAAUCGGUUGUGCGGUUGUCUCUCAUCCCGCAGAUGUAAUGGUCUCCAAACUGAACUCGGACCGUAAGCCAGGAGAAGGAGCUGGGCAGGCUAUGACGCGAAUCUAUGGGAAGAUUGGCUUUGGUGGUCUCUGGAAUGGUCUGCCAGUCAGGAUAUUCAUGAUUGGAACGUUGACAGCUUUCCAAUGGCUCAUCUACGACUCUUUCAAAGUAUACUUGGGCCUACCCACGACCGGCGGUCACUAG